UCAAUCAUUCCAUCGCUCGCAGCUUCCCGCCAAUGUGAAGUUCCAUGAGCGCUCGUGCUGACUGUCGUUUAAAUGUCCACCAUUCUGUAGUCCGUUCCUAACCGCCUGCCGUUAUUACGUCACAUGAGUGCUUUCCGCGCUACCUGUCAAUCAUUCCUUCAAGGCGAGCGUAAGAUGCGUGUGAAACCGUUACUGUCCGCCCGCGAUGCUAAACACCGACGCAGCGUCAGUUGAGGAUAAUAACACCCUGUGUGCUUGAACGGGUUAGUAAACAAUCGAGAAGUAUGGAUAAACGCGACAAGAAAGCGAAAAAGGACUCUACGAAACGCACAGGGAAGCUGUUCCGGAGGAAAUCGUUUAAACCUGUGGAAAGUUUGCUGAGGAAGAUCUUGAAAAGUUUCGGGAGCUUGGCUAGCGACGGAGAAACAACCGAGCGCUCGGACGCUGAGGAGGAUGACGGUGGGUUUGGAGAAAGCGCACCUUGCGCUGGAAACUCGGAACAUGUGAAACAAGAGGACAGCAGCCAGGUGAAGAAAAGUUCCUCGCUUCCCUGCCGUUCCUCCGCGAAAGAGCGACUGUUCUCGCUGUACGGGGAUAAAACGCCAGGCGUGCUGGGUCUGAAGAACCUCGGGAACACCUGCUUCAUGAACGCCGUCGUGCAGUGCUUGAGCAACACGGACCUGCUCGCUGAAUACCUGUGUCUGGAGCGAUAUAAACUGGACCUGUGUCACAGGGCAAUGAACGGAUUCAUAAAGAACGAGAACGAUCCGCAGGAGAAAGGAGAGGUCACGGAACGGCUCGCGUCUUUGGUCCGAGCGCUCUGGACUUUUCAAUACACUCCUCAACUCUCGGCUGAGUUUAAGAUGAUGGUAUCUAAAUAUGGUGCACAGUUCCGGGGGAAUUCCCAGCAUGACGCUCUUGAAUUCCUGCUCUGGCUUCUGGACUGCCUCCAUGAGGACGUCAACUCAUCUUCAGCCCUCCCCAAUGGGAAUAACAGAAGCAAAUCAAGUGGCAAGGGUCAAGAAGGAGGUGAUGGAAAGCUCGUCUCUGAUACCCGGACCCCACCACAGACACAGCCUGGUGUACAUCACAGCUUUGUACAAGAGCACUUCCAGGCACAAUAUAAGUCAUCUCUGACAUGCCCACAUUGUCUUAAGCAGAGCAACACGUUUGAUCCUUUUCUGUGCAUUUCCCUCCCCAUACCUCUAAGACAGACGAAACCAGUGUGUGUGACUUUGGUGUUUAGCAGUAAAGGACAGCGGUAUCUGAGAGUUGGGCUCGCUGUGCCUCUCUUUGGCUCUUUGGCAUGUCUGCGCCGGAUGGUGGCAGACGAGGGCAAGAUCUCUCCUGAUCAGGUAAUACUGACAGAGAUCUACACAACAGGAUUCCAGCGCUCGUUCUUUGAUGAAGAUGACUUGACCAGCAUUGCAGAGAGUGACAUCAUCUAUGCCUUCCAAGCUCCACCCCUUUACAUUAGGGGUGGAUCUGCACGAAUCUCAGGGUUCCAUCAUAGUCUUCCGUCCUCUCCGUACACCUCGUUUGGGCCAGAGGGUCACAGACUGGCAGCGUCCGGAGCGCUGUCCUCAGAGUUCCUGAACCAGGCCGAUGGGAUGGUGAAGAUCUUGCUGUUGGUGUGUAAUGCAGCCGGAGCAGGACAGCAGGCAGUGAGGUUCGGUCCUCCAUUUCUGAUGAGAGAGGACAGGUCAGUGUCGUGGGACCAGCUACAGCAGAGCAUCCUCAGUAAACUCUACUAUCUAAUGAUCAAUGGAUCUCAGGCACAUAAUAUCAGGGUGUUGUUCAAGAUUCGUGUUGUUGGGGGAUCUGCAGCUUAUAGCUACUUAAAUCCCCAAGACGGACGGCCGCUUUAUCACCCUGCAGUGGACAGAGCUCUGAAGCUGUGUGGCUCAGGUGGGCCGCCGCAUGUGAAGAUCAUUGUUGAGUGGGAGCACAGAAUCAAAGACUGCCUGUUUGGUAACAUCCAAGAGGAGGUGGUGAAGGACUCGGAAAGUGUUCGUGCUCAACAACAACACCACGUUCAACAGCACAGCUGCACCCUGGAUGAGUGCUUUGAGCUCUACACUAAAGAAGAACAACUGGCCCCUGACGAUGCAUGGAAGUGUCCUCACUGUAAGCAGUUGCAGCAGGGCAUGGUGCAGAUGAGCUUGUGGACCCUCCCAGACAUCCUCAUCCUUCACCUCAAACGCUUCCGGCAGGUGGGAGAGCACCGAAACAAGCUCUCCACGCUGGUACAAUUCCCCCUCACUGGCCUCGACAUGGGCCGCCACAUGGUCAAGAGGAGCAACUGUGCCCGACCACCGCCCGGCUGGAAACACCAGGCCCAUCACCGGCCUGAAGCCAGCAGACAGACGCUGAACUUCCUGUACGACCUGUACGCUGUGUGUAACCAUCAUGGAGGCAUGCAUGGAGGACAUUACACAGCGUACUGCAGGAACUCGGUGGACGGUCAGUGGUAUGCCUACGAUGACAGCAGUGUUGAGCCGGUGCCUGAGGGGGAAGUGUGCACACGUGGAGCUUAUAUCCUCUUCUAUCAGAGACGAGAUGCCAUCCCAUCCUGGUCUGCUAGCUGCUCUCUACAAGGUUCCUCCAGCUCCUCUACAUCAGACCACUGGCUCAUGCAACUGAACACAGACAAACAAAUUUCAAAUUCAAGAAGCAAGCUGCCCAACUCAUCUCCAGCUCCUGAGCCCCAGACACCACACAUUCCUAUCAUCCAUGAGCCUCAAACUAAAGAUAGAGAUGAAGUUGAGCUGACACCAUUUGUACGAAGCAUCCGGGGCCACAGUAUGAGUAUGCGCUACCACUCCAAAUCCAAGACAGGCCCAGGCAAAGUUCUUCCACUGCGUUGGUCAUUUGCUUCUAAGGACCGCAGAAAGCCCUCCAGCAUCGCUCCACAAAUCGGAAAUGAUGAGCUGGUGGAGUACCUUGAGUCUGGCCGGCGGCCUCGAUGUACCAAGGAGCCCAUAGUAAGUAUCGUGGCUAGUCCUUCACAGGUCAAAGCCCAGCUUUGCAAGGACAAUUCUUUGAGUUCCCCUAGCUGUGGCAGCAGUGUGGAGCAAAGUAGUUAUCAAGGUCUGGAUUCACCCAGACUGCCCGAAGGCCAGAGCAGACCAACAGCGAACCUUAACGGCAUCACGUCCAAUGGCUCAAUGGCCAAAAACAGUUCAAAAAGCAGACAGGAGCAUGAAAGAACUCAGGCCAAUAAGUUGCUUCAAAGUUCCCCUACUGUGCUUUCCAAUGGAACUAGCAACAGUGCAUCUCAUGAAAGAGACUCCACUUUAAAACAGCUACGAAACAAGGUGGCUACGACAAGCAGGACUCAUCCCAGUCAGACUCAGAUGGCCACAGGGGAAAGCAGGAGCAAAGAUGGCACCGCCAGACUGCAGGAUAAGGAGGUGGGUCAUGUGAAAACGCUUUCCAGCAAGAGCUUCGCCAAACUGUCUCUAUCUAAUGGGGCUCUAAAUGGAAAGGGUACUGAGGUGAGGAAGACUGGCACCGCUCACAAGUGCACCAGUAAAGUGAUUAACGGCAGAGAAAACCAGAUUUGUUUGAGCACAGCUGAUAUAAAACGCGCCCACAGCUCAUCCAGUAUUCAGAGCAGGCUAGAUAUGACUUUGAAAAGGACACUGUCUCUCCAAAGAAACGGUCCCUUGGUGCCGGCCCCCCAUAAAGGACCAGCGGUAGAUAAAUCCUCCUAUGCAACACUACAGAGAAUCAGAUACAGCAGCACUUCACUUGGCAGACAGAGACCUGUGCCCGAGUCCUGCUUCUGAUGGGUUUCACCUUCACUGUGGGAAAUAGUGUUUGUAAAUAUGUUUUAUGUACGACAGCAUUUAAAUACUGCAUACUAUUGCUCUUUUGCAAAACUUAGUGAGGACUGAAAAGCAUUUAAUGCACGUUUCCAAAGCCUAGUCAAAAGGCUUAAAACGCCACGUUUUCACCACGUUUUCAAGGCAGCAGGCAGACUUUAAAGAGAUUGCGGUCCAAUAAUGCAUUGCAUCAAAUUCAGUGAACAAAUCCAAGACAGGCGUAAGAGUCUUCAUUUUCUACCCACAUAAGAGCCAUUGAGGACCAAAUGGAUUAGUUUUGUUUUUAUGGUAAAGCGCCACUGAAUACACAUAAAAAGGAAGAAAGGGGUGAGCUGUAGCCCAUUAUCAUUUAGAGACAUGUACCGAAGCGGCUCGCUGUGAACAGAGCUGUUUUUGACAAGGUAAGGAAUUCAUUAAGGAAUUUUAACCAAAGUAUGUUGCAGAUGUUUCAUGAACACCCUAAAGAAUCAUACCAACCUGUGGAAAAUGGGUUUUCUAAUAUCCCCUUUAACUAGCCUAUAUGCACCUUUGACCCUGUAGACUUUUAGAAAAUAACUUAAUUAGUCCAUUUACUGUGUCUCACCAGACUGUCAUUUCAAGCUAAUUAUAUGUUAUGUAUAAUGACAUUGCUGGAAUGAAAAGGACAGUUUGACAUUUGGAAUAAAUUUUCAGACUCUUUUGUUUUACUAAGUUUAAAUUUUUAGCUAGCAUUAUAUGUAUCAUAUAUAAACAUUAACAUAUUUCACACUUUUUGGAUAAUUUGAUAAAAUUACAGCUUGAUCUUAAAUUGGGCAAAAAAAGAAAAGUUACUCUGCUCACAAGUGAUGUUUAGCUUGCUACUUCCCCUUUAUUUUGUAACACAUCUGAUUUCACCUCAAGCUAUCCACUGACACUGUUGUCUCCUGAGUAUCCAGGUGCAAGUAUCCAAGUGCAAGAACUAAGAGAGUGAACCAAGAGAAAACAUUACCGUCUACAGCCGCGAGAGGGUGCUCUAUGCUGCUCAGUGCUCCUGUAGCCUACGCUGAGAACAUAGAGCGCCUUCUCGUGGCUGUAGAUGGUAAUGUUUUCUCUUGGUUCUUGGUUCUAAAUAAAUACGACUUAUAGUCCAGUGCGACUUGUAUAUGUUUUUUCCUCAUCAUGACCUAUUUUGGGACUGAUGCGACUUAUACUCAGGUGCGACUUAUAGUCCGAAAAAUACGGUAAAUGUCAGAAUAGAGGUCUGCUUUAUGUGUUUAGUGAACUGUCAUGUAUAUUUAUGCGAGUGCCUUUUUGUAAUGAUCUCAGGAGAGAGAUCGUUACCUAUUAAUAUACAUGCGCACACCUCACCUCAGAUGAAAUAAAUCUACAGAAUGUACUCGGUUAUGAACGUAACCUCAGUUCCUUGAGAUACUGAAUGAGUACUGCAUAUGGGGGGAAAAGCUCCUUUUUUCCUCGAUACUAUAGCCUUUUUUCAAUAACGCAGUGCAACUGCACUGCCAUUGGUUUAAUCUGUAAACUUUUUUAAACCAAUGACAGCACUGCAUAGCUGUGCGAACCUGUGGCAAUGCAGUGCACCAAAGCCCGCCAAAAAGAGGAGGGCGAAUGGCUAUAUAAGCAGGCAAAUCGCCAGAGGAAAUCAGGUCAUACGACUGAAGCAACGACACUGAAGCUGCAGCCUCGUGGCAUGGCAUAUAACGCAGUACUCAUUCCAUAUCUCAGGGUACCGAGGUUACGUUCAUAACCGAGUACGUUCCCUUACUCUACUUCACUCAUACUGCAUAUGGGGAACGAAUUCAACUGUGCCGUGCCACGGUAGGAAAUGACAAGACUUACCUUGGAUACCUUGGGGUCAAGGGGACAAGUGAGAGGGCGUUGAAACCUUUACACUACACUGCUAACAGGGAGCUAGCUCCCUGGAGGUAGCAUGAUGACGGAGUCUGAUAGAGGCUGUUGUCUUCAUACCAAAAGGACCCAAGCAUGCAAGGUCGGGAUGUCCAGGUUAUAGAAACUGAGAAAAGUGGACGGCGAGGACCAGUCGGCCGCCUCACAGAUGUCCUUGAUAGAGACACCACUAGACCAGGCCCAAGAAGAGGCCAUCCCUCUAGUGGAGUGGGCUCUUACUCCUAUGGGGCACUCAAGGCCCAUAGAGGAUUAACACAGAGUGAUAGCAUCAACUAUCAAAUGCGAGAGGUGCUGCUUUGAGACCGAAGACCUCUUGGUGCAGCCGGAACGGCCGAGAGGGAAAUGACCUGUGCUCUGAAUGGGGUCGAGAGCACUUUAGGGACGUAGCCAUGCCUGGGUUUUUAAAUGACCUUCGAGUCAUUGGGCCCAAACUCAAGGCAUGCAGGGCUCACCAAGAGGGCCUGCAGAUCGCAGUAGCAGUGUAGUUUUGAGUAUUAGGGGUCGAAGAUCAGCUGACCUCAGCGGAUCAAAGGGAGGUUGUAGAAGGGGCUCUCGCCUGAGCAGUGGUGUGUAGCACAUCCCCGGGAAGGCUCCCAUCGAGGGACCAUAGGUGUGCAGAGCCCAGAGUUCCGGCUGUGGAAGCCAGAUUGUCCUGUUGGCCUGAGAGAGAAGGUCCCGCCUCAGGGGGAUCAGCCAUGGGGCUUCUAUGGAAAACCUAAAUAGCUCCGAGGACCAAACUUGGCUCCUCCAGAGUGGGGCCACUGGGAGGACUCUGUGCUUGUCUUCCCUGACUCAUCUGAUGACCUGAGGGAUCAUAGUGGUCGUCCUCUGCUCCGCCAAAAGAGACGAGGUCACUCGCUUCAGCCGAGGGACGCUGCUCUGGGCAUGAGAAGAGGACGGGGGACGGCUCUCUCAUAAGAGAGGGUGAGGCACGCGGGUGCUGGGCCGGUGUGAGCUCAAACAAAUACAUGCGCUGAGCCCCUCUACCGCGCUGUCUUUUCCUGGCCGGCUUGCAGGAGGAAGAAGAGAGGUGAGACUCAUGCUUUCACAAAAGCAGCAAGAAGUCUCAGUGAGCAUCGCCUCAGCAUGGGGUUUUCCCAGGCAAAAGACACACUCACCGUGGCCGUCAUCUUCAUGCAGAGGAUUUCUGCAUGUGCCACAGCUGUGAAAACGAAGUGAAAAGAGCAGUGAAAACCGCUGGAAAUUGCUCUUUUAGAAUCGCCGGAUAGUGGCAGGAGAUCCGCUGAGAAGUGGCCAGAAGUGGGAAGCGGGCAGCUCGGGAACGGUGCUAGAGAGCGGCUGUUUGCAAGAGCGCUGGCGCUGCAGGCAAUCAGGCGAUCUCAGCUGGUCCGCUGCUGUGCCUCUUCGACAGUGAGAGUUCGUUCCAGACGUUCAGUAAGGAUCCAGCGAAGUGAAGUCGUCACUGAAGGAGUAAGAUCUGAUUUUCUCUAACGAUUUGCCUGGUUAUAUAGCCAUUUGCACCACCCAUUUUGGCGGGCUUUGGCCCGAUGCAUCGCCACAGACUCGUGCAGCUACGCAGCACUGUCAUUGGUUUCAAAAAAGUUACAGUACAGUUUAAAAGUACAGAUUAAACCAAUGGCAGUGCAGUUGCACUGCGUUAUUGAAAAAAGGCUUCAGUAUUGAGGUAAAAAAGGAGCUUUUCCCCCCAUACGCAGUAUGAGUGAAGUAUCGAAAGGGAACGCACAAACAUUUAUUCAUCUCACUCCCACAAUAUCCCAAACUGCCCUAAAUGUUUCACAUCAACGUGCACCUUCUUCACUGCUAGAUUCACUGUUUGUUUUUUGACGGGAAACUUUGCGAGUACAAUCAGAUUUAAUAGAGCAUGUCCAUCCCAUUAUGAGUUUUAACAGGACAUUCGAGUAUCAGAUGGAAAUUGAGCAUAUAACUGCAAAAAGGAUCAAGAUGUUGAUGCCGAAAUGUAGCAAUAUAGUCAACAUAUAUUCAAAUAAAUAAAUAUAGAAAUAUUCAAUAAAGUGAAGGUAAAAAUCUCUCUGAUUAACUACCAUUGUAUGAUGCAUCACUUGAGAAACUAACCAACUAGUAAUAGUUUCCUGAAACUAUACUAUUCUGACAACUCAGGUGAUAAAACUCUCACAUGGUCCAAUUUGUAACUCUCAGAACAUUCCGAGCAAGUUGUCAUCACGAGUUCUGAAGCAUGUGAAGGGUUUGGUGUUGAUAGUAUUGCCAUAGAAAGACAUAAUUCAGCUCCGAGUGGAAUGUCACUUGUUGUCAUCUCAGAAUUACAGUAAUUACAAGAUGGGGUGAACGCAGCUUAAGACUUGUACCACGUGACCACUGUACUGCCGCAGAUUCAUUCAGGCCCCGAUCAGGCACACCACACUGCCUGACUAUUUUUAAUUUAUGAGUGCACUGCAUUUUUUUAUGCUCCUAGGCAACUACUGAAUCAGUUUUCCUGUAAAUCUAAUCAAGGAUUAUAGCACAAGUGUCUUAAAAUCUUUGGUUUGCUGUUGAUUAAACUCUCAUAUUAGUGAAACUUAAAAUAUAUAUAUAGUCCCGGGUAAACCGCGACCAACAACUGUAUACUUCUGUAUACAACUGUAUACUUCUGUCACCACAAUAGAGUGAAGUGAAAGUGACAUUCAGCCAAGUAUGGUGACCCAUACUCAGAAUUCGUGCUCUCCAUUUAACCCAUCCGAAAUGCACACACACAGAUCAGUGAACACACACACACACACUGUGAACACACACCCGGAGCAGUGGGCAGCCAUUUAUGCUGCAGCGCCCGGGGAGCAGAUGGGGGUUCAAUGCCUUGCUCAAAGGCACCUAAGUCGUGAUACUGAAGGUGGAGAGAGAGCUGUUCGUGCACUACCCCCACCCACAAUUCCUGCCGGCCCGAGACUCGUACUCACAAUACUUCGAUUGGGAGUCCAACGCUCUAACCAUUAGGCCAUGACUUCCCUUGAAGGCCUGUCUCUCCAUUCAUUCAAUUGGACAGUGGGAAAAAAACAUGUCUGGGCUCAUAAAUGGCACGCAAAAUGCUCACUACCAACAGAAAAUGAAUAUGACGUCACGCCGCGUUGAGUUCUGGGAAACUUCUUUGUGUAUCCGCACACUCGCAGUCAUCUUGUGAAUUAGCAGAACUUGAACAGAGACUGUCUGAAAUGCUGAACAUGAAUAAUGCUUAAUGUGGCUUAAAGUGAUAAAGACAAAACUAUAAUGUAUAUCAUGUGCAGAUAAGCAUAUAAUCCCAAAAUAUGAAUGCAAAAUGUUUUCCUCUCAAAAAGAAUAUGCAUAAUGCACAGAGACAGUGAUAUUAAAAGACCACAUUCUAUACACACCUUACUAAUAAAGCAUGCUAUGUGCAGAAAAACAGACCCCAAAAAUGAGCCCAAAAUUGAACUUUCAGUAUCAUUAUCCUAAUCCAUAAGAGAGGUGGUAGUGCUUCUGGGUCUUUCAUCCAUUCUGUAGCUGUCAGGUCAUGCAGGUCAAUGUUGUUGAUGUUAAGCAGUUUCUCUAAAUGCUGCUUGAGCCCCUUUCCUUUCAUGCUCUCCUUUUCCAUUUCUUCCCAAGAAACUGUGACAUAUCACGAAUAAGCAAACCAAUAUUAAGUUGCUCUCACUCUAUGUUGCUCUUUCUCUUGGUCUCACUGUCGAAGUAUCCAACAAUAGUUUAUCCUACUAAUAUGGCGAUGCCUUCCCAAAACGCACCAUAGAGUGAAAACAUUGUGACGUAACUCCUCAUUCUCAAUCGAAAAUUUCACCCAAAAGUGAAAAUUACCCCAUAAUUUACUCACCCUCAGGCCAUCCCAGGUGAAUAUGACUUCUUUCAAACUAAUACAAUUGGAGUUAUAUUAAAAAAUGUCCUGGCCCUCCCAAACUUUAUAAUAGCAGUGAAUGGCUGAUGAUAUUCAUUAGUCCAAUUGAAGUCCAAUGAGCUGCAUCAAUCCAUCAUAAAAUGUUUUCAGGAAACCAAAGUAUUGAACUAUGUUGGUAACAACUCAGCUAGCAGCCACAGUUAGCUAAUUAUGUUUUUGAGUUAGCUAAUGUUUGUUUUAUUUUAUUUUGUAAGUUUUAAAUAUGAAUAUCAUUCAGUCACUGUAACAGAAGUCAUUGCCAUGUGACAGAGUCUAAUUGGCAAGCGAUACGUGUAAUAUUACUGAACUCUGUUCCGCCACUCACAUUAAACAAUUCAUUAAAUUAUAAUCCCAGUGCACUUUCCUGAUCUCUGGAGUGAUGUGCUCCAGUAUCACUGCUCAGUCUGAAUAUGAUAAUGGUUUAUGUGAACUGUUCACCUGAAAUUAGACUCCCUGUGUUAUUGCUAGUGCACACACAACCUGAAGAGCUGUGCUUAUGUAAUACUUAAAAAGCAAUGUAUUGAGAUUAUUAUUGGAUGUCAUGAUUACGGAGGACAUAUUUUCUCAUCUGCUCGUGAGAGAUUUCAGUUUUUUAUUCUUUUAAGUUUUUGUAACAGACAUUUUUAAUUGUCUUUAUUAUGUGUCUGUAUUAUUGUCUGUACAUAUGCUGAGAUGCUUGUCAGGUAGCAAGAGAUCAAGCAAGUUGCUAACACAUUGCAACUGGUUUUAUUCUUAAAUUUUUAAGCACAACUUUUCUAAACAUUUUUAAUGAGUUGUUUGUUCUGCUGUAAAACAGAUGCAUUUGCACCUCAAUCAAUAAAUCAUUUCACUGCCUCUAAGAUUGUCAUUCCUAACAUGCCAUGGCUUUUAUAUGACGCAACAUAGUCUAAAUAUCAAUACAAUUGUACGCUGUGAACAUUGAUUAUUUUGAGAGAUGGCAGCUAUAUUGCAAAUACAAAUAAAGCAUUGUGGUCAAUGAA